AUUCUUUUGACAUCUGACUACCUGGUCUAAGCUAUUUCGCUUGACCUCCGUAUAGGGAGCCUUGUUUGCUUCCUUAUUUUUGCGAGCUGUUUUGUGCUUGAAAAUCUCUCCCUCCUCCAACCACCUAUCUCGAGCUCAUCUACCCGCUCACACGACCCCCUCCAAUUUACCACAUUCUCGAUACGCAAACUCAUAUUUUCCUCCUUUCCUUUAAGUCAUCUCUUUUUUUGUUACAUUGCUCCAGAAUGUCGGAAUCCCACGCUCCUCGUGGCAGAGGUUCAGCUCGUGGUGGUAGGGGCGGUCACAACUUCAGAGGCGGUCGGGGUGGUGCCAGAGUAGCAAAAGCAGCUAACCAGGACAACGUUGUAUCAUCAUCAUUUGAAGAUGAAGGAGAAAUCGGUCAGCUGAAGAAAAAAUACUCGAGCAGUUUGCCUAUGAUCAAGGAACUGUUUCCCGACUGGACAGAUGAAGAUUUGGUAUUCGCCUUAGAGGAUGCAGAUGGAGAUCUCGAAACAGCAAUUGAGCGCAUUUCUGAAGGUAAUGUCUCCCAGUGGGGUGAGGUAAAGAAAAAACACGCCGAUCGGCCCCGAACCAAGCCAAAAGAAGCGCAGCCUCUCGCAACCGAAGCAGCUGCACCCUCAUCCCGCGGUGGCCGUGCUCGUGGAGGAUUCGAUGGUCGUGGGCGUGCCCGUGGCGACCGUGGACGUGGAGGCCGUGGCGGCAGGGCUGCAGCCCACGUCAAUGGAGCAAGGCCCGACAAACCUGCAACUCAGGCUCCUGAACUCCCCGUAACUGCACCAGUUCCACCAGACUCUUGGACCGUCGAUGGAACUGCAAAGGAAGCUGCUGACAAGGCUACCCAAGAUGCUACCAAAUCCACAACGGAGCAACCACAAAAGCCCAGCUUGAUCCCUGAAGGAACGAAAAAAGGAUGGGCUAGCUUGUUUGCAAAACCCACCCCGCCUCCUCAGAAGAACCCACCACCACCAGCUCCCACUGCUCCAAUUUCAGAGAACGUUCCCGAACCUGUUCCACAGGAACAGCCAAGUGUGCAGCAGCCUCCCCAGCCUGAUGGAACUCAAUUAGAAGAGCCCGCCCGGAUCACCGAGCCAGCUGCGCCCGAGACCCAGAUACCUAAAACCACGGCAAUUGAGCCAAGCGAAGAAGCAGCUAAGCCUCCGCAAGACCAAGUUCAGGUUGAACCACAACCAACAACAACUGUUGAUGCGGGUGUGAGCACCAUUGAUGACCAGCAACCCCAGCAGCAGCCCCCCUUACAGGAACAUCCACUGCGCCCUGCCGUUCCAUAUACUCCUACAGCUCCUUACAAAACUACUCCUGGCCGCUCUCACUUCCAGCGUCGUAUUUUGGAUCAACAGGAGGCAGUCGUCAUGCCUGGCAAUCAUGCUGUCGAUCGUGCUGCUGUCCAGUUUGGCAGCAUGGGAUUAAAUGGAUCAGCUGAAGAUGCUGACGUCGAUGAACAAAGAGAAGAACCUGAAACACGCCCGCAACCUCCCCAGCAUUCCCCCAUCGCUCCUCGUGCCUCUCUUCCCCCCUCAACCCGGGCUCCAAUUCCGGGUGAAACUGCUGCCCCUGCUCCUCGAGCUGCGCCCGGUCUUCCUCCAGUCCCUCCCACUACUGCCGCGGAUACUUCUUUCAAUGACUUCAACCGAUACGGAGAGGCCCAAAAGCCAUACGACCCGUUCGGCCAACAAGUCGAACAGCCCCAUCCUCAAAGCCAGGAACCCUUUUCCAAUCAAGCCACGUUGCCAUCCCAACCUACAGUUACUACCGGUGCCGACUAUUCUGCGUUUUACGGUGCUGAUCAAACUCGUAACCCUUACUACUAUGGUGGUUACGGCCAACCGCAGGAAGUUGGUACCCAACGAACUGCCAGCGGUUUCGGCGCUACCGGAACUGAAGCCCAGUCUCAACCUCCAUCUACCCAAGCUCCCGGCCGUUAUGGUCACGUUGAGGCAACAAAUAGUGGACAAAACACUCCAAACCCAACAUUACCCAGUCAGGCCCAACCAACCCAGCCCACGCAUAUGCCUCAGGCCCAAGGCCACGGUGCUUUUAACUAUGGCUAUCCCUAUUAUUCCAAUCCUCACUAUCCAAACACAUAUAUUGGUCAGAUGGGCCAACAGCAUCAAUACGGAAGAAACCGCCCAAUGUAUGAUGAUGUCCGCCGGUAUGAAGAGCACUACCUGCCUCACAGCAACCAGUUUGGUUACGGCAGCCAGUAUGCUCCUUACGGCAAAGGUGGAAUGUAUGGUCAGCCCCAACAUACAUUUUCAUACGAGCAUUCCUCGUCUCCUGCCAAUGCCGGUGCUUUUGCCCAGGGUGUGCCUGCUCGUGACUCUGGUUAUGGUCGGACGGGCUCUGCUCAACCCGCAGAAGGCCAGCAAUCGACUGGCAGCAAUGCUUUCGGCGGCAUUCCCGACGUAUUCGGACGCACACAAUUUGGUCAGAACCAGCCAGUGGCCUCUCAACAGCCAGUGAGCAGCGAGGAGCCUUCAAAGGGUUUCGAAUCGUCCAAGACUGGUGGGCCAAGCCCGUCAGUCUCUCAUGCCAAUAGACCGGGCUCAGCGGCAAACAACGUACCAAACCAGCCCGCUGCAAGCCAGACCGGGCUCCCACCCGUUCCAGCACAACAAGGCAGUCAGCAGGCGUUCGGAGGCUACCCCCAUCUGAACCCUCAGUACGGAGGACUUGGUGGCCUAGGAACGCACCAUCAGACCGGAGCCUCUCAGACACAUCACCAAGGCGGUGGAUAUGGAAACUACGGCGCAGGUUUUGGCACCAACUACUACGGCAACACAGGUCGGGGCGGUGGAUGGGGUGGUAAUUAUGGUCAUUAAGGGAUCAACUAGGGGACCUCUGUGAUUCUAUCCCUUUAGUUUCAGGAGAUCAUUUCCCCGGCGGAUUCUCUCUAACCCUAUGACCUACAAGCCUUUUAUUCUUACACGAAGUGCUGGUCUUUUUCUCAUGCUUUGUUUAUGCUUGACUGUUUCCAUUAUAAUAUCUUCUGUUCUCUCUCCUCAUUGUUGGUCAAGGUCGGACGGGACUUUUUUCUUUUCUUUUCGUUUUCUUAAUAGCCCACAACAAAAAACAUGAUGUGACUCUGAUCUGCAUGCUCUGUUUUGCAUGAAUUUAUGUGUUUCUUUCCUCUUCUAUUUGCUUUGCUUGAUCCUUUUUCCCAAUAUUUUUGGCCUGAUGUUAUGUUCUGGGGACAUGUACCAACUAUUAGUUACUCAGUGAUUUGUAUUCUGGAGAACUGGCUGGCUUCAUGGACGUCUGGUUUCGAUGGAAUGGAAUGACCGCGAGGAAAAGAACAAAUUUCGAACCUUUUUUUUUAAAGCUAGUUAGUGGACGGGAAGACCAAAAAGAAGUCUUUUCAUCUUUUUGCUGCGUACUCCGUAAUGGAACAUCAUAUAAUUCGCAAGUG